GAUUUUGAUUGUCGUGAUUUUGAAUGUUGGCAGGAUUUUAAUUGUUGUGAUUUUGAAUGUCUUUUGAAUAUUGGCGGGAUUUUAAUUGUGCAAGAUUUUGAUUGUCGUGAUUUUGAAUGUUGGCGGGAUUUUGAUUGUCGUGUUUUUGAAUGUGUCGGGAUUUUACUUUCAAGAUGA